ACUUCACCCAGCGAAGAAGAAGCAGCAGCAGCAUCAGUUGAGUUCCGGUGUCCUUGUGUUAGAAUCGCGCUACCAGACGGGUCCACUAAGAUGUUCAGAACCAUGAAUGCGGUCCAGCAGAUGGCGCGGCGCAGCAUCUGCAGCUCUGCGCGCCGGCAAGUGGAGAACAAGGUUUCCCAAAAGCAGAAGAUGUUCCAGGAGGAUAACGGGAUGCCGAUCCAUUUGAAGGGCGGCAGCAGCGACGCCCUGCUAUACCGGGCCACCAUGGUUCUGACCGUCCUGGGAGUCGGCUUCACUCUGUACGAACUGGUGAAGGCGUCGUUCCCUCAGAAGAAGGACUGACUCCGAUCCGGAUCGUUGUUCCGGUCCGGAUCGUGGUUCUGGUUCCAGCCAGGCCCAUUUGUAUAAAGAGAUGAUAUUCCAGGAUCAGAUCCGACCCGUUUCCUGCUCUCUCUGUGUUCUUGUUUCAUGUUCUUGGAGCGAUAACUUGAUAUUUCUGUUCACUUGAGGAUCAAUAAACACAAAAUACCUCUGAUGACCCAGAA